CUCUGCACUCUCCCCAGCUCCUCUGCUUGUCAUUCUGCAGCUGAAACGGUGUUAGAGAAAUCCCCGUGCUCGGCAUCAGAGGCAGGACACAGGAGCAGGGAAGACCGUGGGGGAAUAAAUUGGGGGAUCCCUCAAAGAACUGACAAGUAUUUUGUUCUUUUUGUGCUUUUGAUGAUUGACCUGUUCUGCUGCCUCUCUUCUGCGAGGAAAGACUUUAAAUGGAAGACUUGAUGUGAGAGAAAAAAAAACACAGUAAGAGCUUUUGCAGCUUUUUUUUGCCUCACAGAGCAAAGUGAUGCAAAUGGAGACACAGCAUUUGGAAGUGAGCAACUGAAGACUUAAUCUCUAGGAAAAGGAACUGAAAAAGGAACAGGAGCACUUGAACACAGAUGAGACGCUGAAUCAAGAGAUUUUAAAACCAAACGCUUUUUGAGACUUCAGGCUUCUCUGCAAGUCUCCACUCCUCCUGUCCCAUCUGCACUUUUCCUCCACGUCUCGAGCUCUGCUCCCUCGACUGAAGCUCAGCCAUGCAGGUGUCCAUCGCCUGCACGGACCACAACCUGAAGAGGGGGAAUGGGGACCACAGCAAGCAGAGCGCCACCAGCCCCAACGUGGUGAACCAAGCCAGGGCCAAGUUCCGCACCGUGGCCAUCAUCGCUCGCAGCUUCGGCUCCUUCACUCCACGGCACAUUUCACUCAAGGAGUCAACGGGGAAACACACAGGCAUGAAGUACAGGAACCUUGGGAAGUCGGGACUCAGAGUAUCUUGCUUAGGACUGGGUACAUGGGUGACAUUUGGAGGACAGAUAACAGACGAGAUUGCAGAGCAGCUAAUGACGAUUGCCUAUGAGAGUGGAGUCAACCUGUUCGACACAGCUGAGGUCUACGCAGGCGGCAGGGCCGAAGUCAUUCUAGGAAACAUCAUCAAGAAGAAAUGCUGGAGGCGAUCCAGUUUGGUCAUCACAACUAAACUCUACUGGGGAGGAAAAGCAGAGACAGAGAGAGGACUGUCCAGGAAACACAUUAUUGAAGGUCUAAAAGGCUCUCUACAAAGGAUGCAGCUGGAAUAUGUUGAUGUAGUUUUUGCCAACCGCCCUGACAGCAAUACUCCCAUGGAGGAGAUUGUUCGGGCCAUGACCUACGUGAUCAACCAAGGCAUGGCCAUGUACUGGGGGACGUCCCGGUGGACGGCCAUGGAGAUCAUGGAGGCGUAUUCUGUGGCAAGGCAGUUUAAUCUGAUCCCUCCGGUGUGUGAGCAGGCAGAGUAUCAUCUCUUCCAGAGGGAGAAAGUAGAAGUGCAGCUGCCCGAACUUUACCACAAGAUAGGAGUCGGAGCGAUGACAUGGUCACCGCUGGCGUGCGGCAUCAUCACAGGAAAAUAUGAAAACGGCAUUCCUGAAUCUUCCAGGGCUUCCAUGAAGUCGUAUCAGUGGUUGAAGGAGAAAAUCGUAAGUGAGGAUGGAAGGAAGCAACAAGCAAAGCUGAAGGAGCUGAACCACAUUGCAGAGAAGCUGGGCUGCACUCUGCCUCAACUGGCUGUGGCGUGGUGUCUAAGAAAUGAAGGAGUGAGCUCAGUUCUUCUGGGAACAUCCAACCCUGAACAGCUCACUGAGAACCUCGGGGCCAUACAGGUCCUUCCUAAGAUGACGUCCCAUGUGGUGUCUGAAAUCGACCACAUCCUGGGCAACAGACCAUACAGUAAGAAAGACUACCGCUCUUAGGCCAGGCUGGUGGACUUAGCGAGAGGUCAGUCUACCUCCCCACCUUCCUACUUAACCAUACUGCUACCACGGACGCACCGUUUAAUGUUUAAGUCCACGGUUCUCUCCUUCGGGCCCCACUCAGCUCCAGCACACUUCAGCCUGGAACAGCCCAGCAUUGUCCUGCUCAGAUCAGUUCUACCAGGUUCAUCUCAGGUUCAGUCCAGCUCAGCCAAGAGACGCUUAACAAACUUAGCUUUUCGCAGCCUCAAACGCAACUUAGUCCAUGUGAGUGAAUCCUCCUUCUCCCUUUCAGUGUCGAUCCAUUCAGAUAUUACUAUGCAGAGCUUAGUCUUACCCAUGCCCAUAUAGAGCUCAGUUCAGAUCCUCCCAGGUGGCUUCUAAUAGUUUGUGAUACACACAUUCACAUUAUGAUUUAAGCAGUACAAAAUGAAAAGCACUGCAGCAGUAUUUCGAGUAAAAGUGCCUUGCUCAGGGGCACCUUGAUAGCGGUUAUUGAGUGAAACGCUUAUGUUAGUUACUCACUUUUCCUUCCCACAUCCUCCCGAUGACUCAGACCCUCAGGUCUCGAGCCUUGCUUCUCUAAUGUCCAGACUUCCACCCACAACUAAUUUAAUUUGAGCACAAAAAUUCAUACUGAGCACAUAUUUUAUUCAUGAGAAUUGCCGAACCACAAGCUGAAUACAUCAAUACAAGCACCUUAGGCUUAGAAAUUAGAUGUACCCAAGGAAAGUAGACAUGAAGAACCUUCAGUUGCAUGAACAUCCCCAGUCAGUUAGUCAGUGCUUUCAUUAAAUUGCUAUGCAGUGCAGCAAACAAAACAAAAGAGCGCAAUACUUUCACCUCUUCUGUGUGAAAGGUGCACGCUCGUGAAAUAUGAGGUUUAACAAAGACGGCACUCAUACUUCUUCUUCCUCUUAAAAAAAAGCUUUAUGAAUGAGGCCUCAACACACUAGUUCCCUACUAGCUUGAUGAGCUUUAAACUACCUACCAAAUGUACUCAGUCCUAUAUCCAAUAUAGCACAGAAUCAUAUUCAGUAGAUACUAAAGGCUGCAAACCGCGAGUAUAUUAACCAACAGGUGCAUGUUUCUCCUGCUAUAGUGUGCCUCUCUUUACUUUUUUCUACAAAGCACAUAACGAAACAACAGAAAGGAGUUUGAUCAAAAGUACCGCAAGCUUGUCUACCACCCCGACCACCUGUAAAGCAAAGGAUUGUGGAGCAUCAGUUUCAGUGGGACUCAGUUAGAAUGAAGCAUGUCGCCCCCGUGUGGUGUUUUUCAGGAACUGCUGCUCUGCUUCAGUAGAUUAUACUGAGAGAAGAAGAAGAAGAAGAAGAAGUGGACUACUUUUCUCUCCAUUUGCAUUCAUUAUGGAGACAUUUGACUCUUUUUUUGCCUGUGAACUGAACCCGCAUUGCUGAUUUCCUCAACAAAACCUUCUGGAAAAAGGACUUAAGCAAAUGAUUAAUAUAUGGAAUAAAAGGAUGUCUGGCCUCCUGGCUGGUCAUUGUUUUAAUAACUGCAAAAACAGCUUGUUAAUGGCACAAAGAGGCAUAUAUGUAUAUAAGUAUUUGGGAUGUGGCAAAGAUUACAAUAUUUAUUCUAGAGUAGAUAAUAGAUAGAACUUUAUUUUGACAUUUUGAGAUAUUGUUUUAAAAAUUACUGGGAUGUUACAUGUACUGUAAAUACAAUGUUAAGGCAUACCUUGUAACAUAAGCAAAACCAUGAAGAAGCCUUUCAUGCAUAUGAGGACUUCACAGUACUGUACACGGCUAUUAUAUAUAAAUAAGAUGUAUAUAGAAUUAUUUUGUUGCUCCUCUGUAGAAUCAUUGCAUCAGUCACUCUUCUUCCU